GUCCUCUACCGGCAACCCAUCUCGCAGCCCGUUCUCUCGCGGACCGCCCUCCAUCUGCUCCAUCGCAUCUCUCACCGUCGCAUCCCACCCGUCCCACGCCAUGCACUCCGUCAAGACCGUCGCCGGCGUCGCCAUCCUCGGCCAGGUGCCUCCCCAGUUCGCCCACAUUCUGUCGCCACCUGCACAGCAGUUCCUCGUGCAUCUGCACAGAUGCUUCGAGUCCACUCGCAAGGACCUUCUCCUCAAGAGAAAUCUGCGCCAGGAAAAGAUAAAUGCAGGUGUUUUCCCCGACUUCCUCCCUGAAACCAAGUGGAUCCGUGACGACCCCACUUGGAAGGCUGCCCCUCCUGCGCCGGGCCUCAUCGAUCGCCGUGUCGAAAUCACGGGCCCGGUCGACCGCAAGAUGGUCAUCAACGCUCUGAACUCUGGUGCCAGCACCUUCAUGGCCGAUUUCGAAGACUCAAACGCUCCCACCUGGGAAAAUAACCUGAGUGGCCAGGCCAACCUCCACGACGCCAUUGCCCGCAACAUCACCUACACGGCCCCCAACGGCAAGUUCUACAAGCUCAACUCUGGCAAGAUCGCCACCCUGAUCGUCAGACCCCGUGGCUGGCACAUGGUCGAAAAGCACUUUUGCGUCGAUGGUGAGCCCAUCUCGGCCUCGCUCUUCGACUUUGGUCUCUACUACUUCCACAACGUCCACGCGUCGCUGAAGAUCGGCGCUGGACCCUACUUUUAUCUCCCCAAGCUCGAGAGUCAUCUGGAAGCUCGUCUCUGGAACAAUGUCUUCAACAUGGCCCAGGACCUGACUGGCGUCCCCCGCGGCACCAUUCGCGCCACGGUCCUGAUCGAGACCAUCAUGGCCGCCUUCGAGAUGGACGAGAUCAUCUUUGAGCUGCGCGAGCACUCCUCCGGUCUCAACUGCGGCCGCUGGGAUUAUAUCUUCUCGUUCAUCAAGAAGCUCCGCAACCACAAAGAGUUUGUUCUGCCCGACCGUGCCGAUGUCCAGAUGACCACCCCGUUCAUGGAUGCGUACGUCAAGCUCCUGAUCAAGACAUGUCACAAGCGAGGCGUUCACGCCAUGGGUGGCAUGGCUGCCCAGAUCCCCAUCAAGAACAACCCCCAGGCCAACGAGGCUGCCUUGAACAAGGUCCGCGCCGACAAGCUGCGUGAAGUCAGCGCCGGCCACGACGGCACCUGGGUGGCCCAUCCCGAUCUCGUCAAGAUCGCCUUGGCCAUCUUCAACGAGCACAUGCCUCAGCCCAACCAGCUGUUUGUUCGACGCGACGAGGUCCAAGUCACAGGCAAGGAUCUCCUGUCCAUCGCCGGAAUCGGCGGCGGCAUCACCGAGAAGGGUGUCCGGGGCAAUAUUAACGUUGCCCUGCAGUACAUGGCUGCAUGGCUGCGUGGCUCUGGAUGUGUGCCCAUCCACAAUCUCAUGGAGGAUGCCGCCACGGCCGAGAUCAGCCGAUCGCAGCUAUGGCAGUGGGUCCGACACCAAGCCAAAACUACCGACGGCCAAGUCAUCACCCGCGACUGGAUGAACCAGAAACUGGAGGAUGAGGUCCGCGCGUUGCUGUCCAGUGCCUCUGAUCCGGCAGUGCGCCUGUCGAUCGAAGGUGCUCGCGACUACCUCGCCAAGACCAUCCAGGGGCAAGAGUAUGUCGACUUUUUGACGACUCUCUGCUACGACUCGAUCACGACCCUGCAGAAACCACACCACAAGCUGUGAAACCCCUUGAUUGCUAAAUUGGCUCUCGGGCCUGCAUCGCCUUUCACAUCUCUAGUCGCACACCGCAUGGUUGCAAUUGUUUGAUCGACUCUUGGCCUGCUCUGCUCAAAUAUACUUGGCGCAUACGCGAAAGCUCAAUAUUGGGCAGCGCCUCCUCAAGCUGUGUGUGCAGAGCGGUUUCAUGGCUCGAGAGAGAGAGUGUGUGUGUGUGAGUGGG